AGGUGAACGCGAAGGCGGAGGAUGAUGCACGGUUGUGUAGAAAAGGAGGUAGCCUGCUGCUGAGAUGUGGAUGCCGCGCACACCUUGCUGAAAACAUAAUUAUUGCCGGAUUCUUGAAGAGAAAACAUCCUAACUGACAGAAUGGCUGAAGACGAUAUUGCUGCAUUGGUAGUCGACAAUGGUUCAGGCAUGUGCAAGGCUGGUUUCGCAGGGGAUGACGCUCCGCGUGCUGUCUUCCCCUCCAUUGUUGGAAGACCCAGACAUCAGGGUGUGAUGGUGGGCAUGGGACAGAAGGACAGCUACGUGGGAGACGAGGCCCAGAGCAAGAGAGGCAUCCUGACUCUGAAGUACCCCAUCGAGCACGGCAUUGUUACCAACUGGGAUGACAUGGAGAAGAUCUGGCAUCACACCUUCUACAAUGAGCUGCGUGUGGCCCCCGAAGAGCAUCCCGUCCUGCUCACGGAGGCCCCCCUCAACCCCAAAGCCAACAGGGAGAAGAUGACCCAGAUCAUGUUUGAGACCUUCAACAGCCCUGCCAUGUAUGUAGGUAUCCAGGCUGUGCUAUCUUUGUACGCAUCUGGCCGCACCACAGGAAUUGUGAUGGAUUCCGGGGAUGGCGUCAGCCACACGGUGCCCAUCUACGAGGGCUACGCUCUUCCCCAUGCCAUUCUACGUCUGGACCUUGCCGGACGCGACCUCACGGACUACCUCAUGAAGAUCCUGACUGAGCGUGGCUACAGCUUCACCACCACGGCCGAGAGGGAGAUUGUGCGCGACAUCAAGGAGAAGCUGUCCUACGUGGCACUGGACUUCGAGCAGGAGAUGCAGACCUGUGCCUCCAGUUCCACUCUGGAGAAGAGCUACGAGCUACCUGAUGGACAGGUCAUCACUAUCGGCAACGAGCGCUUCCGGUGCCCUGAGACCAUGUUCCAGCCGUCCUUCAUUGGAAUGGAAAGCGCUGGAGUGCACGAGACCACCUACAACUCCAUCAUGAAGUGUGAUGUGGACAUCAGGAAAGACCUGUACGCCAACACUGUCCUCUCUGGUGGAACCACCAUGUUCCCUGGCAUCGCUGAUAGAAUGCAGAAGGAGAUCAGCGCCUUGGCACCUCCUACUAUGAAGAUUAAGAUCAUCGCCCCUCCAGAGCGUAAAUACUCUGUAUGGAUCGGCGGCUCCAUCCUGGCCUCUCUCUCCACCUUCCAGCAAAUGUGGAUCUCCAAGCAGGAAUACGACGAGUCCGGCCCUUCCAUCGUCCACCGCAAAUGUUUCUAAAGCCUUGACCUAAAGCCUUGACUCUUAACCUCAGUGUUACACUCCUUUCAGGGAAUCUGUUUGUCCAGAAGCAAGCACCUUGCCCCUAUCCCCUAAGCAUUUGUGUGAAUCUAAAAUGAUCAGAUGCUAAUUCCACCUAUCCUAAUCGGAGCAUGGUGGAGCUACAGCCAUAUUGUUUCACUUCUAUAUAGUGUCCUGGGGGGGUGGUGACAGGGUGGUUUCUGGGUAGGUAGUGUUUGGGUUGUCAUUCUGCCUUGUUUUUGUUACUGUAAGUCUUGCAGUACCAUGUAACAGCUGCUCCUGGGCCAUUGAAUAAAUGUUCACAGUAACGUGA